AUGUCUCGCCGAAAGUCCAAUAUGGCCACAAGCAACUCAAAUGGGGACGGGGGCCAAGAGAAGCAGAAGAUGCUUUUGUCCUCGGAGCAAGGUCACUUCAGUUUGGUCAAGGCUCUUCACCUGGCUGAUCUGGUAACGGAGCUCAAUGUCAUGUCCGUCUUCUCCUCCAUGCGUUAUUGCCUCGGCGAUCCGUCUGAUUACGGCGCGUUGUGGGCGGCUCUGGGCUUCAUGCCAUUCGGUCUUUUCUUUGAUUUCAUGGACGGCAAAAUUGCUCGGUGGCGGAAGAAGUCCUCGCUUAUGGGCCAGGAGCUUGACUCGCUCGCUGAUUUGAUCUCUUUCGGUCUUUCCCCCGCCGCUGCCGCCUUUGCCAUGGGCAUUCGCACCCCGUUCGAUCACUUCCUCCUCGCCUUUUUCGUCCUCUGCGGCUUGACCCGCCUGGCCCGUUUCAAUGUUACCGUCGCAGUACUGCCCAAGGACAAGACUGGGAAGUCGAAAUAUUUUGAAGGCACUCCCAUCCCCACGACUUUGUCUAUUGCUUCUCUCAUGGCUUAUUGGGUUUCCCAGGGCUGGACCCAUGAAAACAUUCCUCUUGGCGUCGUGGCUCCGGGUACCCCCUUCGAGUUCCAUCCUGUGGUUCUCUUGUUCGUGCUUUCUGGCUGUCUGAUGGUGAGCAAAACGAUACACAUUCCUAAGCCUUAG